AUUGCAUGAUGAUGACACCUGUCUCCUUUCCGGCUCUCUCCGGACACUUCUUAUACUCUCUAGGAUCUUCCACCUUAGUAGCUUACAUCUGCGAAGCGUUUCUUCUAGACUGAUCUGAUCUCUACUCUUCUUUUUUCUUGCUUAAACUCUGUCUCGACCGGAAAGCUUCAAUUUUUGCUUCUGUAAGUUCUAACAUGUCUACCAUUGGCCUUCCUUCAUGCCACUUACUUGGAGGCGUGCAGCCACUGAGACCUUCUCCCUUCACAAAUGGGGCGAGGUCUCUGCCUUUGCUAAACAAAACUUGGAAGAAACCUGGAUUGAAGUCACCCCCCUCCCCCUUCAAAGUGUCUGUAAUGGCUGCAUACAAUGUUAAACUGAUCUCCCCAGAAGGCGAGGAGAAGGAGAUCCAAGUCCCCGAAGAUCAAUACAUCCUUGAUGCAGCCGAGGAGGCUGGGGUAGAGUUGCCAUACUCGUGUCGGGCUGGUUCUUGCUCUACCUGCGCAGGACAAGUGGUUUCUGGGACGGUGGACCAAUCCGAAGGGUCAUUUCUCGACGAGACCCAAAUGGAGAAAGGAUUCGCGCUGCUAUGCAUUUCGUACCCGAGAUCAGACUGCGUUAUACACACCCACAAGGAAGAAGAAGUUCACUGAGAAAUCAAGAAGCAGCAAGUGUUCAUGUCUGUCUGUAACAUGAAAAGUAAGAAGACAUAUUACAUAUUAAUCUUUUGGUAUAAUUCUUACAUGUUAUUAGUCCUAUGAAAUUUGACUUUAAUUUGAAUCUUUUGGUACAAUUCUUAGCUUGUUGCUUUUCAACAUGUGAAUUGAUGCUCGAUCAACUUA